AUGCCUCACGCACUGACACGCAGACAACACCUGCAGAAAAUGUGGCUAACUCAAGUUGUUCGGGGCUGUGCAGCAAAGAGAUUGAUGACAAGACGAACAAGGAAACUGUGUGGCCUUGACAAUGAGCAACUAACAUCAACCACACAACAACUGUCUUCCUGUUACCACCCGAGCUCCAGUACAAGCUAUUCCAAUCGAGUCCCGUCACCACUGGGCAACUCUCGCUCCCCAAUCCUCCUCUCCCGCAGCUCCUUAUCGACCAAGAUGCCUCAGCUCUCCGACGAAAAGGCGAAAUUUACUGCCCCUGAUGGCCUUUCCACUAAGUACAGGGUGGAGGAGGUCCACCGUUACAUGGUGGACUGCAUGACAGCUGUUGGCACCCCUCAGGCCCAUGCAGCUGCCCUGGCAGAUGUGCUUGUUGCAGCUGACCGUCGUGGCCAUUACAGCCAUGGCCUCAACCGUCUGGAGAUGUAUGUGAAUGAUGUGAAGCAGAAGGUGUGUGAUGGCAAUGCAGAGCCCACCAUCACUAAGGAGAGUGUUUCCACUGCACUUGUCAAUGGCAACAAUGGCCUUGGACCUGUAGUGGGCAACUUCUGUAUGGACCUUGCCAUCAAGAAGGCCAAGGAGACAGGCAUAGGCUGGGUCUGCACCCGAGGAAGCAAUCACUAUGGCAUUGCUGGUUGGUACUCCAUGCGGGCCACUAAGGAAGGACUCUUGGGAAUGAGUGUGACCAACACAUCUCCCUUGGUAGCUCCCACCCGUGCUAAAAAGGCUGCCCUUGGGACCAACCCUAUCUCAGUGUCAGCACCAGGCAAAGACGGGGAUGACUUUGUGUUAGAUAUGGCAACAUGUGUGGUGGCAGUGGGAAAGAUUGAAGUGGAACGCCGGAAGAACAAGCCCAUUCCUGAGGGCUGGGCCAUAGACAAAGAUGGACAAAUCACUACUGAUGCCACUGAGGGCAUGCAGGGAGCCCUCAUGCCCCUUGGAGGCCCUGAACUGCAUUCAGGAUACAAGGGUUAUGGUCUUGGCAUGCUGGUGGAGGUCUUUUGUGGCAUCAUGUCAGGUGGUCAGUAUGGACCAAAUGUAAGGAAAUGGAUGAACACUGACAGGGAGGCAGAUCUGGGCCAGGCUUUCAUGGCGCUGGACCCGUCUUUCUUUGCCCCGGGCUUUGAGGAUCGCAUGAGUGAUUUGAUGAAUCACUGCCGCAAUAUGGAACCAGCUGAUGCCAGUAAGCCAGUGCUCGUUGCUGGAGACCCAGAGCGCCAACACAUAAACAAGGUAGAACAGGACGGUGGCAUCACUUACCACAUCAAUCAGAUCAACGACUCGUGGAAGCUGGCCAAGGCCCUCGGCAUCAAGCCAAUGGAAUGAAAUGUUGCAGGACAGAAAGCAGCCACAAUCCACUUUUCACCUGUUAUGCUCAGACAUAUUCAGGCAAUCAUAUGCUUAAUUUUCCUAGCUAAAAAAGCUACAACAUACUUUUCCCCAGCAUGUGCACUGUCACUUCUUACUCAGUACGUAUAUAUUUGGUAUGUUAUGAUUUUGUUAUACUGUUAAUAGAAUGUUUUUGUUAUUCUAUGUAAGUUUUAUUUGAUGUUAAAAAUUCUAAUUAGCUUGCUUUCUAUCAGUACAAUAGAUUCAAUAUAUCGAAAUUCAAUUUCAAGGCUUUCUAUUGAACAGAACACUAAUGUUUUGGACAAUGCCAGUUCAGUAGGGAUUUAUGAAGGACUUUUGUAUGUAAUAUGCGAUUAAUACAUAGUCAAAAUGCAAUGGCAACAAGGAAACUUACAUGUGUUAUCAGCAUUUCAACUCCAUUUUUCUCACACCACAACAAUCACAGCUUGCACAGACGGCUACUCAGUACAAAUAUUGUUAACUGAAUGCCUGACACUUGUUUAAUUGCUCAAUUUGUUGAUGUAGUUUGUAGGAAUAAUUAAACUACACAGGCAAUUAAAUCUACCUAGUACUCUAAGCAUAACUCAAUGGGAUGUCCCCGUUUGGUGCUACAUUUAGUACUACUGUUAAUGGCUUGAUUAGUGAAAACAUUAUGAAUAAUAGCUUUGGUAAAUGCUCAUAUAUAAAGGAGUGGUGGUGGUCUUUGACACAAUGCCCUCACAAUUCCCAUCUUGUUCAGCUGGAGUGUUUUAAGAUGUACAUUAAAGCAAUACAAUGUAAGUGCAAGAAAAGCAGCUGAUGACAAUUAUAAUCAGUUCCUAAAGUCAGCAAAAUUGUUCCUAUAUUGAGAUCCAGUUAUAUAAUUUACAUACAUGCUAAACAAUCACAUUUUGCACCACUGCCUUGUGACUUGUGUAAGGAAACACUCCAGACACUUGUGCAUGAUACACACAAGGAGGGUUAAAUAAAUCUCACUCUUUUGUCAUGGUGAAGGUAGGAAUGUCUUUGAUAUACACUUCAUUUUGUUAUGUACUUCACAGAUGUUAUUCUGCAUGGUGAUUACAUAGCUGAAUGCACACACUCAUAAGUUAACUAUUACUGCACAAAUGGGUAUGUUAUUUCAUUGCUGAAAAAUGCAUGAGCUCAAAAUACAUAGAUCUUAUGGGUUUUUGGGAAUAGGAUUUUUAAACUGGGAAUGACAUGCAAAUAGUUUCAUCAGUCAGACAGGCUGGUCACCUUAGAAUUACAUGUCAAUAAAAUACUAAUUUUCAAA